AUGAUGCAGCCAGUACGCGAUCUUUCCCAUGCGGAGUAUGAAACAACGGAGGAGGCCCCCCUACUGAGAAGGGGUGGCGGUUGCUGUCCUGAGGACGGCAAUUGCCUGCAGCGCAUGUGUGCACUCUUGUUGCGGCGUCUCUGUGGCGUGAAGCCCGCAUACCGGGAGCGCCUCAUUCACCUCUCUGGGCAAACAGCUCCAACUCAUUUCACAAGUAAUGCCAUUAAAAACACAAAGUAUUCGCUCUUCACGUUUCUCCCAGUCGUCCUCUUCCAGCAAUUCAGAUUCUUUUUCAACCUCUUCUACCUCAUCGUGGCUUUGGCUCAACUAGUUCCAAUCCUCCAGGUGGGUCCUCUGUUCACGUACUUAGCGCCGUUGGCGUUUGUGUUGCUCGCCACGCUAGCCAAGGAGGCAUAUGAUGAUAUUAAACGGUAUAUCCGAGACAAGGAGCUCAACGAGCAACAGUAUGCGCGCCUCCUACCCACAGGGUUUGAACCCGUGAGUGCAUGCAACAUCCGCGUCGGCCAGGUGAUUCAGGUGGGGGCGAACCAACGAGUUCCCGCAGACUUGGUGUUUCUCAAGACAACAGAAAAAAGCGGCAGCUGCUUUAUUCGGACAGACCAAUUAGAUGGCGAAACGGACUGGAAGCUCAGGCGUGCAGUGCACGCAACUCAGCACCUCAGCGGCCCCGAGCAGAUCGUCUCGCUGGACGCGCAAGUGCUGGUGGAGGCUCCACGUCAGGAUAUAUACGAGUUUACGGGUCGCUUUUCUCUCUAUGACACAAACGCGUCCAGCAGCAGCAGCAGCAAUACUGGCGGCAGCAGUGCGAGUUCUGCCGCUGCUGCUGCUGCUGUUGCUGUAGCCAAAGUACCUGCAGCAGCCUCCUCUGAGGCGCAGAAGUGCGCUGUUUCAGGCUCUCUCUUGCAGCCGCAGCCGCAGGAGGAGGAAGAAAAUCUUUCUAGCAGCAGACGCUCAUCUGCAGCAGCGGGACUGGCAGCAGCAGCAGCACUUCCUCCCGCCGGUGACACAGUGGUGAACAUCGCACGAGGCCACUGCAACGCCGCGCAUGUUGAGCCGCUAGGCUUGGAUAAUGUGCUAUGGGCAAAUACUGUAGUGGCUUCAGGAACGGUAUUUGGUCUGGCGAUCUACACAGGCAGAGAGACACGCGCAAGCAUGAACGCUUCGCAAGCUUCGACGAAGGUUGGGCUUUUUGACUUGGAGGUUAAUCUCAUGGCGAAGGUUCUCUUUGGGCUCUUGUGUCUCUUGGCGCUGGCGUUGGUGGCGUUGCGCGGUCUGGAAGGCAUCUGGGUGGUGUAUUUCUGCCGCUUCAUCCUCCUGCUUUCCUCGAUAAUUCCGAUCAGCCUGCAAGUGAACCUCAUCAUCGCCAAGACGAUCCACAGCUUGAAUGUGAUGAGGGACAAGCGCAUGAAAGGAGCCCUGGUGCGAACGUCUACCUUGCCAGAGGAGCUUGGCCGCGUUCACUACCUGCUUUCCGACAAAACCGGCACACUGACGCAGAACGAAAUGCACUUCAAAAAGCUUCACAUUGGCAGAGCUCUCUUCGCAGACGACGGCCUGCAGCAGCUGCAGCAGUGUGUCACGCACCAGUGCAACUGCAGCUCUCCCCCCCGAUGCGAGGAUUGGGAAGGGGGGGAGGCCUUACUCAGCUCGACGCGAAGCCAAGAAGAGAGUGCCUCUGGAGGAGGAGCUCCCUACGGCAGGAGAAGCAGACGCAGCGAAGUCGAGUCUGCGGCACUAGAGGCCAUUAAAGCCCUUAGCAUCUGUCACAACGUCACACCCAUCACCGAAGACGGGCAGCUUCACUUCCAAGCAGCCUCGCCGGAUGAAGUGGCCCUUGUCCAAUUCGCUAGCGAAGUUGGGCUCCGUCUCGUGCAGAGAGACGAACACAAUAUGACAAUUGAGGGCCCAUGCGGCGUCGUGUUUGAGUACGCCGUGCUGCACUGCUUUCCGUUUUCGUCUGAGCUCAAGAGGAUGGGCAUAAUUGUUCAAGACAAAGCCACCCAACGUAUCUUCUUCUAUGUCAAGGGGGCCGAGACAGUGAUGCUCUCUCUUGUAAGGCCCAAGGGUUCUCAGUGGCUCGCAGAAGAAUGCGAUAACUUCGCCAGACAAGGUUUGCGGACGUUGGUGUUUGCGUAUAAGGAACUGACGGCCUCCCAGCUGGAAGCCUUCAGGGCCAAAUACGAGGAGGCACGACGUCAAAUGCAGCAGCGCGAACGGAGAGUGCGCAGAGAAAUCGAGCGGCUCGAGCAGGAUCUUCUUCUCCUCGGGCUGACGGGGGUUGAAGACAAGCUGCAGGACGCCGUGCCGGAGACUCUCGAGUCUCUUAGACAUGCAGGGAUCAAGAUCUGGAUGCUUACAGGAGACAAAGUUGAAACGGCAACGUGUAUUGCCGCCUCCGCUGGUCUGAAGGGGCGGCACGACAGCCUUACCAUUCUUUCUUCUGCUUCCAUCAGGACGCCUGGGCAGGCUCAGGAGGCGUUAGAGCGCUUCAGCAUGGGUCCUAGCGAGUCGGUUCUGGUAGUUGACGGCCGUGUGCUGUCUCUCUUCCUCUGUCACUUUCCAAAAUACUUCAUUCUUACCGCCUGCCAGGCUCCGGCAGUGGUCUGCUGCCGCUGCUCCCCCACGCAAAAGGCCGCAGUAACGGCGCUGCUGAAGCAGUACACGGGCCGACGCACUUGUGCCGUAGGCGAUGGGGGAAACGACGUCUCGAUGAUUCAGGCAGCGGACGUCGGAGUCGGAUUGGAGGGAAAAGAGGGCCGGCAAGCCUCUCUAGCAGCAGACUUUUCCUUAUCACAAUUCAGUCAUCUACGGCGCCUGCUGCUCUGGCAUGGGCGAAACAGCUACCAACGAAGCGCCAAACUUGCGCAAUUCGUCGUCCACAGGGGCCUCAUCAUAGCAGUCAUUCAAGUGAUCUUCUCCGCAGUCUUUUACUUCAUCCCUCUCGCCAUCUUCCAGGGCUGGUUGCAAGUGGGCUACGCGACAUACUACACAACGGCCCCUGUGCUGUCUCUCGUGCUGGACGUAGAGCUCCCAGAAAAAGUGGUCUUUAUGUUCCCGGAGUUGUAUCAGACACUGCGGAACGGUCGAGCCUUGUCCAUCAAGAGCUUCUUUGGAUGGGUGUGGCGCUCCGUAUACCAGGGCGCUGUCGUGAUGCUGGGGGCGAUCCUCCUUUUCGAGCAGAGCCUCACAAACAUCGUUGCCAUCACUUUCACUUCCCUUGUGCUGGCGGAACUGCUGAACGUUGCCUCCGAAAUACAGACAUGGCACCCCCUGAUGGUUUCGUCUGAAAUUUGCACUGUGACGAUCUACAUCUUCUCGAUGUUCAUCCUGCGCAGUUAUUUUGACAUUACCUUCGUGAUGACCCAUGCCUUCUGGUUGAAGGUGUCAGUCAUCACACUGGCCUCUUGGCUGCCACCCCAUCUCUUUGCCGUAGUUCGGAAAAUCAUCCAACCCCCCCAGUACUCCAAACUCACCGCUGCCUGA